AUUAGAUUGUCCUCUAGUCGGUAAGUUUAUUUUAAAAUGGCGGCGGAAGCACCGAGACAGCUUCGCUGAGAGCGGAGGUGAGGGUGGGUUGCAGCAGUGCAUCAUCAUCAUCAUCAUGGACCGCCCGAGGAGCCAACAGCAACCUGAGGUGUCGACAGCCCACCUGUAGCAUUAACAUGGCACAUUCCACGGAGGGGAUCAAAGACCGGAGAGGAAGCGAAAGUGGUGCGGCUGGAGGUACCAUAAUGGCGAAUGGCACGGUCAGCUCAGACAACCAUAACCACCACCAUGAGCACAGCAAGCCCCCCCUCAUUCAGCACUCCCUGCACUAUGGCAACCCCCAGCAGGGCCACGAUGACCAGGACCGACACAGCCUAGCCUCCCAGGACUCUGGCAUCCCCACCCUGGAGAUCAACCACCCCGAGCACAUCCACGCCCAACCGCGCACAGGAGAGAGUGGCCUUACCCUGGGGUCGAACCACCACGACCAGGGCCCUGCUACCCUCUCUCUGGACCAGUCUGGAGACAGCGCAGGCCUCCGCAAGUCCUCCACCUUCCCUUCGGUGCGCCUCUUCAGCCCAGCCCCAAGGUCCGGCGCUGGCGGUGUGGGACUCAUCACCACGGGGAUGGGCGGUGUAGGAGGGGGAACCCUGAACCGCAGUGACGACAUUUCGGUGAGCAGCGUGUCGAGCUUGAGCACGGAGCUCUCGGCCACGCUGUCGGCGUCCAACGAGGACAUCCCGGACUUCAUGGUCACCUCCGACUCCAGCGCCAUCGUCACCCUGGAGACGGACGAGGGCGACGCCGCCCAAUUCUCGGACGUCACUCUGUCGUCGUCACCGGGCGGUGACAUCGGAGGGGAUCUGUGGAGCCCACGGCGGAGACACCUGGGGCCGGGGGCAGAGGAGGGCAGGCCCAAGAGGCUGGGGCCGCUGGCUAGCUUCUUCAACAGGAGUCUGUUUACUAAGAAAGUGAAGGACACUGUGCCAGUGGAGCAGAAGGGCCCGGGCUGGAGGCUGUUUGGUACGGUCCCCCAUAAAGAUCGCUCAGUGAAGGACCCCCAGAAAAUACAAAAGGAAUAUGAAACUAAAAGUAGCAGAGCUGGACCUGGUCACAGUCCCCCGUCUCCUAGACAGAGUGUCAGGAAGAACCUGGACUUUGAGCCCCACUCCACCACAGCACUUAUACUGGAGGACCGUCCUGCUAAUCUGCCAGCCAAGCCUGCGGAGGAGGCCCAGAAACACAGACAACAGUAUGAGGAGAUGGUGGCCCAGGCCAAGAAAAGAGAGCUCAAGGAGGCCCAGAAGAGGAGGAAGCAGCUGGAGGACAGGUGUAGGGUGGAGGAUGGCAUCGGCAACGCCGCCCAGACCUGGAACCAGGAGAUUCUGCCCAACUGGAGCACCAUGUGUACCUCUCGGCGGGUCAGGGAGCUCUGGUGGCAGGGCGUGCCCCCUAGCGUAAGGGGCAAGGUCUGGAGCCUGGCGGUGGGCAACGAGCUCAACAUCACUCACGAGCUGUAUAACAUCUGUCUGGCCAGGGCCAGGGACAAGUGGAAGUCUAUGCCUACAACACCACCCACAGAACCAGUGACUGAAGAUGCAGGUUCGUCUCUGGCAGACAGAGAGGCCAGUCUGGAGCUCAUCAAGCUGGACAUCUCCAGAACCUUCCCCCAUCUCUGUAUCUUCCAACAGGGAGGUCCGUACUACGACGUUCUGCACAGCGUUCUGGGAGCAUACACCUGCUAUAGGCCAGACGUGGGCUACGUGCAGGGUAUGUCGUUCAUCGCGGCGGUGCUGAUCCUCAACCUGGACACGGCAGACGCCUUCAUAGCUUUCGCCAACCUGCUGAACAAGCCCUGUCAGAUGGCCUUCUUCAGAGUGGACCACAGCCUUAUGUUGACGUACUUUGCGGCUUUUGAAGUGUUCUUUGAAGAAAACCUACCUAAGCUGUUUGCACAUUUCAAGGAAAACAACUUAACCCCCGAUAUUUAUUUAAUCGACUGGAUCUUCACCCUGUACAGUAAGUCACUGCCGUUGGACCUGGCAUGUCGGGUGUGGGAUGUGUUCUGUCGUGACGGAGACGAGUUCCUAUUCCGGGUGGCCCUUGGCAUCCUGCGCCUGUACGAGGACGUGUUGACCCGCAUGGACUUCAUCCACAACGCCCAGUUCCUCACCCGCCUGCCCGACCACAUCCCCCCCGAUCAGCUCUUCUCGCACAUCCACGGCGUCCACAUGACCAGCAAGAACAGGAAAUGGGCACAGGUUCUUCAGGCCUUACAGAAGGAGCAGGAGUGGAUCAGUCCAGUCCUAAAGCGCUGAGUCCAACGGUCAUCC